AUGGAAUCAAAGGAAAAAGAACUGUCAAAUAAAAAAAACUUUUUUUUGGAAAUGCUUGUUCCAUCGAAAAAAUCAAAAAUACAAUCGACGCGUCAUUUGUCGAUAGAUUGCUCGGAAGUACUAAAUAGUGAUCUUCAAAAAUUAAAAGUUUUUAAUCCCAGUAGCGAUGACAAGAAAAAUGACGCAAACAAUUCAAAAGAUAAAUUUAUGACUAAAAUAUCAGCAACUCUUUCAAAAAGACGUUAUUCCCUACAACAAAAAAAUGAACUUAGCAAGAUAUCUCUUAGAACAAGUUUGUUUUCAAAAGGUCACAACGAUGAAAAUGUAAAUAGCGAGAACAAAUUGAAAAAAUGUGGCUGGCUUGAAAAAAUUGGAGACAAGAAAAAUAUGAAAGAAACGUUAUACGAUCCAGAUCGUGAAAACUGGAGUAGCAAAAGUUUGUUGAACGAACAUAACGCUAUCGAUGGUCCAUUAAUUUACCCUGCUACACCUGAACUUGUAUUGGAACAUCAUCGCAAAAAACCUUUCCUUACAUCGAACGAGGAAUGGGUCCUUGUGGUGUUAAAUAAGUAUGAAUGUUUGGUUGACAGUUUUGAUAUAGUGACAAUUAUUGCCAAGCAUUCAAUCUUUUUUGAAGUUGAUCCGGAAGAAUUGUGGGAAGAAUUUUUUGCAUUUGUUAGUAAUGUACCAAGCUACGAUGAAAUAAUUAACGAGGACGUUUGGCAAGAAUUCAAAGAUAAAAAAUAUAUGCGGUAA